AGUGUGCGGAGAUUCUUAUCAGCGUCACUGCCAAGGGAGAUUCCAAGCUGGGCGUGGACAUUGGAGAUGCCUAGCAUCACCACGUUAUAACAACCUCGAUGAACCCCAGGUAGGUGGAUGUUCGAUCUGACCUUGUCUGCCUUUUGCCUUCUCUAUUCUUCCUUUGUGUCAGCAACCCUUGCGGAGUCGAAAGAAUGGGUUUCAACGAGUGGAUUCACAAUGCCAACAUGGCGGUUGCGCGCUCCUUCGUGGGCAAACGCUUCCGGCUCGAUGGCUCGGGCCACCGCCGGGAACGAAAGGGGACUUAUUUCUUCACCGAAAUCCGAGCUGGGUUGGCAACCUUCUUCGCCAUGGCCUACAUCAUCAGCGUCAAUGCAACAAUUGUGUCCCAGUCCGGCGGCACCUGUGUGUGUCCGCCUGAUAGUCCUGAUCUAUGCGACAGUGACCCAGACUACAUGAUCUGCGUGGCUGGCGUUCAGCGAGAUUUGGUCACGGCAACAGCUGCCAUCUCUGCCUUGACGACUUUCUGCAUGGGUCUUUUUGCCAACAUGCCAAUCGCCCUGGCACCGGGUAUGGGUUUGAAUGCCUAUUUCGCUUAUACUGUCGUUGGAUACCACGGAUCGGGUCUCGUGCCAUAUCAGGUUGCAGUCACUGCAGUUUUUGUCGAAGGCUUCGUCUUUGUCGGACUGACAAUUCUUGGUUUGCGUCAAUGGCUUGCUCGAGCGAUCCCCGCGUCGAUCAAACUCGCCACAGGCGUGGGCAUCGGACUAUACCUGACUCUCAUCGGUUUGACGUACAGCGCUGGUAUCGGUGCCGUUGUCGGCGCCCAAGCUACUCCGCUCGAACUGGCUGGUUGCAAAGCUGAAUUCCAGGACGAGAUGGGGUUGUGUCCUUCGUCCGAGAAAAUGCGAAGUCCCACCAUGUGGAUUGGUAUCUUUUGCGGCGGCUUCUUCACCGUCAUGCUCAUGAUGUUCCGAGUCAAGGGCGCAAUCAUCUUCGGCAUCUUGUUGGUCAGCAUCAUCUCCUGGCCCAGAGGCACGCCUGUCACCUAUUUCCCGUACACGGAACUUGGCGACAGCAUGUUCGAUUUCUUCAAGAAGGUCGUCACUUUCCAUCCCAUUGAGAAGAUCUUGACGGUGCAGGAGUGGAAUAUCUCGGGGUAUGGAGGACAGUUCGGCCUGGCCUUCAUCACCUUCCUCUACGUUGAUAUCCUUGACUGCACCGGCACACUGUACUCCAUGGCUCGUUUCUGCGGCGCCAUAGAUGAGAAGACUCAAGAUUUCGAAGGCUCUGCAGUGGCAUACCUUGUUGACGCUUUUGGUAUUUCCAUUGGUGCACUCUUUGGAACACCACCUGUCACUGCAUAUAUCGAAAGCGGUGCCGGUAUCUCAGAAGGCGGAGGCACUGGUCUAACGGCAAUCACCACCGGACUGUGCUUCUUCAUCUCCAUCUUCUUUGCACCAAUCUUUGCAUCAAUCCCGCCUUACGCUACGGGGUGUGUUCUGAUUAUCGUUGGAUCGCUCAUGGCCAAAGCCGCCAAGGACAUCAACUGGCGCUAUAUUGGCGAUGCGAUUCCUGCAUUCCUGACAAUCGCCAUUAUGCCAUUCACAUACAGCAUCGCGUACGGCCUUAUCGCGGGCAUCAUCAGCUACAUCGUGCUCAACACCUUUGUGUGGAUUGUUGAGAAGGUCUCCGGCGGCCGCAUCAGGCCAGCUGACAAGGAGUACAAGGACCCCUGGACGUACAAGAUCGAGGGUGGGAUCCUCCCACCGUGGGUCACGCGUGCAGCCAAGGGCAAAAAGGACUUCUGGCGGCCGUAUGAGGACGUCGAGCAUAACACCGUUCCCGCUGGUGCACCUGGGAUGACUCUCGACGGCAAGGACGGUGACAGUGUCAGUGCUGCGGAGGCGAUGGCUGGAGCGGGCGCGGCCGAGAGAGGCGGGUUCAAGAGCGACGUGAGAGACAGCACGACGAGCGGGAGCGAGGAGGGAGAGAAGCUGAAGAUUUGAAAACCUGCUGUUUGCAGUGAGCGUAUUUGGGGUUUGCUGUUGCUUUACAGGGCUAGGUAUGCUUGCCAUUCCGAUGAUGAUGGAACUUCUCGUGACAGUGGGUAGGACCUCGUGUUCUGUUGGCAAUUCCAAAACAAAGAAAGUGGGCAGGCGUGGCCAAGUUCGAAACAUCGCUGCCACUUGUUGGUUGCGUCUGAACGACUCGUAAUAUGAAAUCGAUCACCCACUUCUGUGCCAGGCGCUCAAUAAAACACUCGUGCCGGAAUCAAGAAGUUUAUCAGCAUAGCUAAUAUAGGCAUAUUGAAGGGGCAAACCCUUGAAAGGUCCCACCGACCUUUGCUCGAGACUGGGACG